GCAUAUAACCAUACUCUCACUGUAUUAUGCAGAAUGAAGAUUCGCGAAUGCCGCAAGGGGCAAAUCUAUGAUCUUGGGUUCGUUGACCCAUAUACCGUGAAUGGGUAUACUGUCGACAACUCUCCCAAGGACACGGAGAAUAACUUGGUACAUGUCUUAAGGAAAAACUCAUACAAAAGGGCAAUACUAUUUCCUUACAACUUCGCGUUUCACUAUAUCCUGCUAGUCAUUGAACCCGACACCGGGAUAGUAGAAGUCAUGGACUCGAAGAGUAAACCCCUUGAGGCGUGGGGGGACAUGGCUGAUAUCCUCCACAAGGCUUGGAAACGGUUCACCAACAAAGCUCCGGGUUUAAAGAAUAAAGAACUUCGAAUAAAACAUGUACCGUGCUUGAGGCAAGAGGACGGGAAUAAUUUAUGCGGGUUCUACGUUUGCGAGUUCAUCCGCCAGAAUACCCAUCAUGUGAGGGACAUUUUGGAACAACUUGAUAUCGAACGGUUGCGGGACGGUCUUCUAGCAACAGAGCGUGUACGAGCAAUUCAAGAAGAACUGGCGGGGUUCUUACUUGAGCAAGUCAUAGCUCCAGAUGGAGAACACUAUGUGGACAACCGCCAAUAUCAAAGUUGAUGUAGACAUAUAUAUAUAUGCAUGAACGUGUGUCACUUUGAUCGAUAUAUGUAAUACAAUGGUUUCCUAUAUAUAUAUUUGAAUUGUUUGCAUUAA